AUGCCUUUGACUACUAGCAAUUUACGUUGCCUUUCGAAACUGUUUGUUUCCCUUCAAACUGGACAACCCGCUGGAUUUAGUCUUGCGAAACCCGCUGCUCAUUUGGUUUGGAGACGGUUUGCCAGCACACAAAUCAAGACCCCUCCUUUCCCUGAAUCUAUUAGCGAAGGUACCCUUGGUCAGUGGUUGAAACAACCUGGCGAAUAUGUCAACAAGGAUGAAGAGAUUGCUAGUGUUGAAACCGAUAAAAUCGAUUCUCCUGUCACUGCUCCCCUGUCCGGUGUAUUAAAGGAACACCUUGUCUCCGAAGGCGAUACGAUUACCAUCGAUCAAAAUAUCGCUGUUCUCGACGACAGCGCUGAAGCUCCCAAGGGAGGCGCUGCUCCUCCCAAACCCGAGGCCGCUGAUUCCAAGCCUGCCAAGGGCGGUGCCUCCGAAAAGACUGGUGCUUCCGAACUUGGUAAUGCUGCCGAAUCUGCUUCUUCCCCCUCAAAGCCUGCUCCUGAUGCCACUGAACCCGAAAAAAAACCUGCUCCUAAACGGGAGGCUCCUCCUAAGCCUGUCUCAAAACCAUCUCCUCCUAAGCCUGAAUUCACUGCUAGUACUGCCACUUUCUCCAGAAAUGAGGAACGUGUUAAAAUGAACCGUAUGCGUCUUCGUAUUGCCGAACGUCUUAAAGAAUCUCAAACCCGCGCUGCUUCUCUCACCACCUUUAAUGAAUGCGACAUGUCUGCUGUUAUCAACUUCCGUAAGCAGUACAAGGAUGAAAUCCUCAAAUCCAGUGGUGUCAAACUCGGUUUUAUGAGUUUCUUCUCCAAGGCCUGCACUCAAGCUAUGAAACAAGUCCCCGCUAUCAAUGGUUCGAUUGAAGGUCCCGGAAAUGGUGACACCCUCGUUUACCGUGACUUCUGCGACCUUAGUGUUGCCGUGGCUACACCGAAGGGUUUGGUCACUCCCGUCGUCCGUAACGCUGAAAGUUUGUCUCUUCUUGCCCUCGAAAGCGCCAUUGCUAACCUCGGUGUUAAGGCUCGUGAUGGUAAAUUGGCUAUUGAAGACAUGGCUAGCGGUACUUUCACCAUCUCUAAUGGUGGUGUCUUUGGUUCCCUUUACGGUACUCCCAUCAUCAAUCUCCCUCAAACCGCUGUUUUGGGCUUGCACGCUGUCAAGGACCGCGCUGUUGUUGUAAACGGCCAAGUUGUUUCCCGCCCUAUGAUGUAUUUGGCUUUGACUUAUGAUCACCGUAUGGUUGAUGGUCGUGAAGCUGUUACUUUCCUCCGCUUGGUGAAGGAACACAUUGAAGAUCCCACCAAAAUGCUCUUAAUUUAA